AGCCGUUGAGGCUCGAGCAGCUCGGGCGCCCUGCCGGCGCUGGGGAUCAUGUAGGGUGCCGCGCGUCUCCCUCGCCACCACCUCCUGCCCACAUGAGUGCGGCGACGGUGCCGUCCGGAGAGCCCGACGACGACGGGGCCGACCGGGAGAGCAGGGCCGGCGAGGCCAGCGCCGGCGUGCAGGGCCGAGGAGAGCGGGCUGCCGAGGGCAGCGCCGGCCCGCUGCGGGGCCCCGGGGAGUCUGCGGGCGGGAGGGCGGCUCUGAGCGUGGCGCGGAGGUCGACUGUGAGCACGAGGAAGUCGCGCGGCACGGGCCUGCACGGCGACGAGGUCGUCCCGUCUGCGUUCGAGAGGUUCCUCGUGGAGCAUGCCUGUUGGGCGUGCUGGGGGUUCUUCGUCACGGCGCUGGUGCUGGUCCUCGUGUUCGUCGCAAUGAUUCCCGCGGGAGCCAUAGUGGUCACGCACCAGUCCGUCUGGGACGUGCGCUCGAAUUUGGACGUCAUGAAGUCGCACGCGUUCGCGGAGGCGAAGAAAGACAUGAGCGACCACGAUCUCGAGGGAAACGAGACGGACUCGGAGCGAAGCGGGUUCUUCAAGAGUUUGACGAUCGUCUACGAAGUCCAAGGCGGUAACAUUUUCAGCGAAGAGAACCAGGAGAAGAUGAGAAAGGUCGAGAACGCACUGGUGAACUCACCGAAGUGGCAGGACUACUGCAUGCUGAUCACGUCGAGCUCCGACACCCCGCAGACAGUGUGCACGGGAGGCGCGUCGGCACUACGCUUCACCCACACGGGGCCCGCGAUCCAGACGGCCCAUCUGAACGACGGUUUUGGGCCUUGCGGCGGGAGCCCGGCAGAGGCGAGCCGAUGUCAGGCGGCCCCGUUCACAGUGGGCGCCCCGCCGUGCGUCUCUCGGGCCUUCAGCCCCGUGGCGGACGCGGCCGCCCUCGACGGCGCUUUCGCCGAGGAGCUGUGGUGCACGUGCUGCGCGGAGAGCCGGACAGCCCGGGCUGCGACGGGGCAGCUGCCGCGUGCGGACACGACGCCAACGAGGCGCUCUGCGGACAGACCGUGCAGCAGGCGCGCAGGGACAAGCGCAGGGCGCACAUCUCGGCGGCGAUUCUCCUGCGCGACCGGGGAGGCGCUGCGCGCCCGGUCCUGGUACGAGCUCGGGGCGCCCAUCGGCGGUGAGACCGAUGAGGACAAGCUGGAAUCUCUGGUGAAGCCAUGGGUGGACGGCGCCCUUUUCUCGGAUCUGUGGGAGGCCCGGACCGAGGUUGCCUCGGACAAUUUCGAGGUUUAUGGAGGACGCCUAAGGCGAAUCACCACCGCCCCCUGCCUGUAGGAAG